AUGAAGGCAUUACUUAUGAUCUCCCCUUCGUCGUGCAUUUCGCCGGCGAAUCGACCUCUUCCUCCGAUUCCGGCUAAAGAAUGUGCUACAACCCCAGCAUUGUUGAGACGACGGGUUCCACGCAUGGGAACGUGGGUUGCCAUGCGACCCACGAUCACUCCUACUCCCUCCAAUUCGCACUCUCCACUACAAUUCCAGUCAGAGCGGAAUUCUUGUGAAGUCUCCGUCACAACUAAGAAGAGUGACGAUGCGAACAAUUCGAACGAAUUCCGGCCCAGUUCGGCGCCCUCAGAGCAUUCCUACGUGGAGUACCUCACGAAUCCACCUCGUCCACAGACCCAACGACGCAGCCACUCGCCAACGGGUCCGGAGUCAGUUCAACAUACCUCUGAGAGAUCUCUGUCAUCAAAUAGGAUCUGUGUUCGUGAGGUCCAUGCGGACAUCAUCAAUGGA